GUUGGCGGAUCACUUCAUUUUUUGUAUACAGACAUACUAUAAUUUCGUCUCUUUGCGGACAUAUCUCACAAUGGCGAAGAAGGCAUUGGCUAAAGAUCAGAUUGUCAAGCUCAUUGUCGGCGCUGGACAGGCCAGUCCCAGUCCCCCAGUCGGUCCAGCCCUGGGUAGCAAGGGUGUCAAGAGUAUGGAUUUCUGCAAGGAGUUCAAUGCCAGAACCGCGCACAUCAACACCGGAGUCCCAAUUCCCGCACGAGUCACAGUUCGCCCUGACCGAUCAUUCACCUUCGACCUUCGAACCCCAACGACGACAUAUCUCCUCCUGCAGGCUGCGAACGUGGAGCCCCGCAAGAACCGCAUCCGCGGAGCCAUGAAACCUGGCCAUGAGACCAUCGGCAAAGUGUCCCUGAAGCAUGUGUACGAAAUCGCCAAGAUCAAGCAGUCCGAGACGAGAUUAUCGGGGUUGAGUUUGCAGGGACUGUGCAAGAGUAUCAUGGCGCAGGCAAAAUCGAUUGGCAUUCAGGUCGUGCCUUGAAGAAGCACCUAGAAGACAGGACUGUUCAUCUCAGUGUAUACUUUUGCGAUUCGUGCGACUGCAGCCAUGCUGUUUUGGAUUACGACACCGGCGUUGUUUAGGUUGGGCUUUUACAAUGUGUACAUUAUAGGAUUUGCAUGCGAUAUAGAGCGUCGCCAAAUACCCACAGCAUUUGCACGCACUGAAUAAAUUGAGUUGUGGAACUUG